AUGCCGUUGAGCUCAUUUCUCUGUAACGCGGGUAAAAUUGUCAAAUGUGUUCGAAGAGCAAUUUCAUCAAAUGAUCACGAGCAGACUGAUCGAUGUAUUGACUAUUGCAACAAUAAUAGGCAAUGCAUUGUCACUCAUGAGCCCACAUGCUCCAAGUUCGUUUAUGGUACUCAUCCAAUGUCCGGUGCAGAACCAUGCAGUCCCACCAAAAAAGAGAAGCAUCGAUUCGAGAUCACAAAGAAGCUUGGCUCUGGAACAUAUGGAAAAGUGUCUCUGGCCUACGAUCACAAAUUCGAUCGAGAGGUUGCUGUUAAAUUGAUCAAAAAGAGCGCAAUUGAGAGCAAAGCUGACUUGGUUCGGAUUCGGAGGGAAAUUCGUAUUAUGAGUGCAUUAAACCAUCCAAUAUCAUUCAGAUUUAUGAAGUACUCUAGCGGUGGAGAACUGUACGAUUACGUCUCAAGAUGUGGAUCUCUUCCAGAAGCAGAAGCACGCCGAAUCUUUCGACAAAUCACUUCUGCCGUCCUUUAUUGCCAUAAACAUCGGGUUGCACACAGAGAUUUGAAAUUGGAGAAUAUUCUUUUAGAUCAGAAUAACAAUGCUAAAAUUGCCGAUUUUGGAUUGUCCAACUAUUUUGCUGAUAAGAAUCUCCUAACAACAUUCUGUGGAAGUCCAUUGUAUGCUUCUCCAGAAAUCAUCAAUGGAACUCCUUACAAGGGUCCUGAGGUCGACUGUUGGUCUCUUGGAAUCCUUCUCUAUACACUAGUUUAUGGAAGUAUGCCUUUUGAUGGAAGAGAUUUCAAUCGAAUGGUCAGGCAGAUCAAAAGAGGAGCGUACUUUGAGCCAGAGACGCCUUCAACUGCCUCAAUGCUCAUCCGUAACAUGCUUCGAGUGAAUCCAGAACGAAGAGCUACAAUUUUCGACAUCGCUUCCCAUUGGUGGUUGAAUCUUGAAGAAAACAUGCCAGUCAUUCAAGAACUUCCUGAAAAUCAAAUCAUAGAUCACACUCCAUUGACGGAAAGAGAAGAGACAAUGGUGGUACAGGAUUUGGCAGACGAACAGGAUGUCUUCAUGGAAUUUGGGCAUCUUUCUUCGGAGACACGUCGCAAGAUCGAAGACUUUAGAAGACGUCGAAAGGAGGCUGAGGAAUUCAAUGACAACUCUCCAGUCAAACCACCAAAGACUAGAAAAACGGAUGAGUUGACCGGAAAAGUGGCGAAGGAGCAACCAGAAGAGAUGAGAUCUGCUGAGAAAUCGUUGAGAGGAGUUAAGGAGGAAAAAGAGAAACCGAAAGUGGUGGAUCCCAAUGAUCCAUUGGAGAGACUUCGACAAAUCGAGAAUCGAUUGGGGCAACAGAAAAAAGAAAAAGAGAUCAGUACCAACACGAUCAUGAGAGACAAUACAGUAGACUUCAUCGCGCGGGGUUUUGCAAGGGUCAGCGAACAGUUAGGCCGAUUGUACGGAAGUUUUUUUAUGAAAGAAAUCACACGACUCUGCAGCUGCGGCAGCUCGCGCCGAGGCAGUCAAAGAAGUGAAAAAGGCAAAAUCACCAGAGCAACAACCGGAGGACCCGAAGACAGCGAGAGGCGUCCCUCCGCUCUGAAAAAAGGCUAUUGCUAUACGGAUUUGGUAACAUCAAAACCAGCGGACUCGCGUGCUCCUUCAUUUGUUCCUGUCAAGGAUAAACCAGAAACAUCAGAGCCAGAAAGACCACGUACUCGUCCGCACAUGACAGCCAGUACCUACAGAAUCGAGACUGAUUCAUUGAAUAUGCUCAUGAAUCAAGUUCUGGAACAAAUGGAAAAAGGACCCGUCAAUUUGAACAUCAUCGGUAGAAUCAAGGCACAUCCUUUGUAUGACACUAGACCAAUGGUCAAGGAACUUCUCGAGAGCAUCAUCGCUGCUCAACCAGAACCAGUUCAGAAGCAGACGAGUAAAGUGGUUGAACAACAGACGUUCUCCCGUCAAAACACUCUCACCAGAAAGAAGAAAGAAGAUCCAGUUGAAGAAGAAGAGAUUCCGGCCGUCCCAUCACCGCCUACGAGAAAGAUGAAAGAGAGACCAUGGCAUUCUGUAGAGGUUGGAUUCGAUCCGGAUGAGGAAGCGGAGCAUGAUCGCAUGCAGGAAUCGAUUGCAAGCAACACAACAGAAGUUACAGUACAAGACACGUCAUUUGAAGAUGAUAGUUCUGAUGAAGAAGGAAGAAAGAAGACACCAGUUGCUGAUACUGUUCCAAAGACACCAAAACUGAUUAUUGAGAAUCCGGAGAGCUCGAAGACAGUUGUAGAAGAAGAGGAGAGUGAUGAGGAUGAGGAUUAUAGUGAUGCUGAAAUGGAAGAAUUGGCAGAUGAGGUGGAGAAGAAGGCUCCUGAAGACAUGAAAAGAGUUCCGACUUCUGAGAAUCUCGAAGCCAAUCCACCACCGGAUCCGUCAAGUUCUCCACAAUUUUUGGAUGCAUUCGAUAGAGGACUCAUCAAGAGACAGAGCAAAGGAAAAUAUCAGCACACUCUCAUCAAUAACUAUGGUCGUGGUGUGUCAACGGAAUGUGAAUCUCCGACGCAGCAGAAAAAGUUCUUCGGUGGUCCACAACCUUCGGCAGAGCUGUCACCUUUCCUAUUUGACAAAGCAUGUUUUCUUUUUCUCAUAUUCACUGCACUGUAUCGUUGUCAGAGUCUUUUUUUGGAUUCUGAAUAUUAUGCAAAAGAGAUUCUUCAAACCUAUCCAAACAACAAGCUGGAUGCACGUGGAAUUGAUGUAGAGUUGAGAAGAAAACUGAGAAUGGAAAAGACAAGCCAAGAAAUUCGUGAGUUCUUUCGAAAAGUUUCUGAUUCUCAAAACUAUGAAUCCAGGUACGUCGGAAGUGUUCCUCCACGCACACCUCCUCCGAUCGUUGUGAAGUCUGAUGGAGAAGACAUUGAUGAUGACGAAGAAGAAGAGGAAGAUGAGGAUGAGGAGGAGGUCGAAGAGACUGAUUCUGCAGAAGGAUCAGAUUUUGAAAACUUCAAACCAAAGAGACCAAUUAUUGCUGCAGUACGAAGAGAUGACGGUGCUGUCGUGCCAGUGAUUCAUCAAACUACUCGACCUGCCGUUGUUUCACCAAAUUCUCAAAAUCCAAGAUAUCAAGUCGCAUCGCCGAAAACUUCGACGGUUAUUCAGGCGACGCCAGAAAAAGUUCCUGUAGCUGGAACAUCUGCAAAGUAUCUUGUGACGGUUGCUGAGUUGAAGUUGAAGCAAACGGAGAAAAAAGAAGAUAGCAAGACAGAAGCACUACUUAAGGAACAGUUGAAGGAUAGUGAGAUUAAUUCAGAAAGAAGAACCUCACAAACCAACCUUCUAUUCCGUCCGUCCGCCUAUAUGGCAUCGGAUCUGUAUCGCCGGAUAAACGCAGUGACAAGGGGUGCAGCUCCGCCUCCACCAUCGACAAUUUCUCAGGAAUCAGAUGGAAAAGACACGCAUGAAAGUGCUUCUGCGUAUAUAAGAAGGAAGAAUCGAGAAAGGAGACAAAGGAAUCGGACUAUUGGAACCGCCGAAGAAGCGCUACGAGCUCUGGAAAGACCAUCUGUGGAUCCAUACGAAGAAUUUUUCUUCAAUGAAACUUUUCAGAGCGGGCAUUCUCUCCAAUCUCUUCGGAUCCAUUCUACUCUCAUCACUCUUCUGGAGUCGCUGCUCCUUCGGCUCUUGGAUACGUUCGUCCACGUUAUCACGAUGAUAGCUACCGUACUCAUCGUGAUAGUGACUAUCGUCCGAUGUCCCCAACCAGUCGAUAUUACUGCGGCAGUAUCCCGCGAUGAUCGUGGCAAGUCUACAUCUUACGAUCCACACGAUACUAGCAGACCGUCCUAUGAUAGAAGCUAUAUAACGUCUUCAAAUGCCAGCCCGAGUUAUACACGCAAGUUUGAGCAUGAGCAACCAACAUUAAACUCAUGGGCCAAUGAUCGUAAAUUUGAAGUGUAUAAAACACGGGCAGAACGGGACGCCGAGAGAAACACAUAUCAUUCAAACCUAAGUACUACUGGUGCAAGCUCAUACCGCCCUUCUUCAUACUACACAUCAACUAGUGAUAGACCUUUAACUGGUCUAAGACGUCCUGAAGAGAGUUACAAUUCAUCUUCAACUGCUUAUAGCAGAUAUGAUGGAAGAUCCACAACACCUAGUAACGAUCACUACGCGAUCUCCAGUGCUCUUGCCGAUAAUCAAGCAUCCAGCAUGGAAAACCGUUUCCGGCCAACUGCUAGACGUGUUGCUUCUGCUAUGACUGAUGCUGAUCGCCGCAACUACCAUCGUUCCAGAUCUAUGGAUAGAAACAAGGUUGAUUAUGAAUACGGAAGCAACCUUCUAACUCGAUUGACUACUCCGGAUACUCACGGAGCUGGUGACUAUUCCUAUGUCAAUUAUCAUGACAGUUCCAAUGGAAGAUCCAACACGACGAUGGAAAAAGAUGGACAGCCAAGAAGUAUUCUUAAGAAUAAGCAGAGUGCUGACAUUGAACCACGUGUUGAGUCAUCCUACGAACCAAGCAGUGGUGUUCGAUCGCAUGAAUUUCUUUCCUCUUUUUUUCUUUCUCAACUUCUAAGCAUGCGUUCUAUUCUCCAGGUGUUCGAACGUCUCCGUCGUCAUUUGUCUCUCGAGAAAAGUGUUUCGCCGCAAAGACAGGUCGCAUCUGUCGGGCCGCACAGCCGAAACAUCGACACAACGUCAUCUGUGUUGGAUAAUCCAAAAAAGAAAAGAUCUUUGCUUUCAUUCAAUCGAAGAAAAACGAGUGAAGUGAGAAUGGGAGCCGAUGGAAAAUUGAUCACCAACGGUUAUGAUGACACUCCGAGCAGCAGAGAUUUCAAGAGACCAAGUUCUCCAAUUGAUAGAAUCAAGUCGUUGUUUAGAAAAAGUGAUACUGCUGGAACUGGACAUUUCGAUUAUUAUAAUUCUUCAAGGGCGUACACUUCUUCAAAUCCAACAUCAACAAGAGAAUCAUACGUGGCUCAAUAUAGAAAAUAUCCAGGUACCGUUUCGGCCCGGGUUUUCUGUUAUUUUUUCCUGUAUUAUCAAAAAAAAAUGUUUAAAAAAGAAACCCAUUGUUCAACCACCCGUGAUACAUCCAGCGCUCUCAAUCGCUACUCCUACACUCCAGGUCUAACUGAUCAACGUCGUCAUUGGUAUGAUGACCCGAAUAUUUAUUAA